AUGGCCGACAAGCCGGCAAGCAAAAAAAAACAUGUGAUUAUAGCUGUUGGGUCACGAGGCUACGUGGCGCAUCCCCAGGUGGCGGAUAAGGGGCCAAUCGCUGACGAAAGCGACUUUGUGCAUGUCCAAAGACGCGGAUUUAUUCAGGAACUCCCUGUUUCUGGCGGGAAAAAGCAUCCGCCAUGCCAGACGAGACUUUACCAGCAGCAAGAAGAGGAUGACUGCACUGACUCAUGA